AUGUCAGGUGGUGUUAAGAAUCGUCGAAUUUCAUUGGGUUCACCUAAAGAUUUGAAGGAAGUACAUUUCUUUGAAGAAGAAACUAUUCCUGAUGUUCCUGAAAAAGGUGCUCGUGUUAAGGUGUGUUAUGCUGGAGUAUGUCUUACGGACCGUGAAGUAACAAAUACGAAGCAAGCAAGAAUUACGAAUGGUAUAAAAGAUACGAGUCUUUUCCCAGGAUAUGAAGUUUCUGGUGUAGUUGAAGCAUUCGGCGAUGAAGCAAAAUGUACGGAAUUCGAUUUGAAAAUUGGAGACAAGGUAAUUGUUUGGCCAACGGAUGAAAUGUGUCAACACGGCUAUGCUGACUAUGUCACAGUACCUACACUGCAGUUUCUUAUCAAGAUUCCGGAUACUCUCUCAAUGCAUGUCGCUUCCAUCCUUCCAGCCGGUGCUACUUGGGCUCUUUCUGCUGUUAUUCAAGCACGUCCGAUUGUUGAAGCAUUCUCGCAGUCAAAGGGCUUCUGCAACAUCCUCAUCGUCGGUGCCGGUGGUUUGGGUCUGUGGCUACUAAAGUUGGCGAAGCAUUUUCUUUCCGGACAUCAGGAAAGAAAAAUUAAGAUCAUGGUAGCGGAUGCUCGUGAAGAACGUCUGUGCCUUGCUGAGCGUAAUGGUGCAGAUUUCGUCGUGCAUUGGGAUGAUUCCGAAUUCGAGGAAUAUCUCAUUAUGAGAACUAAAGAUGUUGCUCGUACGGGUGUUCAAGUUGUAUUCGAUUUCGUCACUUCGCCACGUACUGUUACUCGUUCUCUUAAAUGCCUUGCUGAGGGUGGUGUAUUGUUUGUUGGUGGUCUGUCGGGUCUUGAUGUACAGCUUCCUAUUAAACUAGUUGCCCGUAAUCGUCUUGCAAUCAUGGGAGUUACACGUGGUUCCAUCGAACAGCUUAAAAAUCUUGUUUGUUUAAUUGCUGGAGGACAGAUAGAUGCUCCUGAUUACAGAGUUUAUCCGGUCAAUCAGGCAUCACAGGUGUUAAAACAACUGAGUAUGUCAGAAGUUGAAGGACGCGCAAUUCUGGAAGUAUGCGAUCCAAAUACGGCGCUCGAACCCGUUGUGAAUCCUUGA